GUAGUAAUUAAAGUACAGAUGAGCCUGUGAAACCUGCAGUUCAGCAUCUCUCAUCCUGAUUUAACUAGUGAAGAGAAAAUCACCCCGCGGUAGCAUUUCAGCAUAGGUGCAAUUUGACACAAUGAGAGUUUUAAUCUCAUUGUAUGUAUCUAUGCUACUGGUUGGCAGUAGCAUCAACACUGGCAGCCUGUUUUAUCCAUUUAGAAAUGGAGACGCAAAGAAUCCACGCUCGGAUGAUGGAAGCUCACCAGCGAUUCAACUCCUGCAACCAUAUAAGUUUUUUGCAAACACAUACGACAAAAUCUAUGUCAACAACAAUGGACACUUGACUUUUGAUGAACCAUGGACCAGCUGGUCUCCGUACGGCUUCCCGGCUUACAGUGACAAAGACAUCAUCGCUCCAUUCUGGACUGAUAUUGAUAACCGUAGGACUGGAGUGAUCUCAUAUCAGCAGUACACUUCGGGUGAUGUCCUGACACAAGCUACACAAGACAUAAAUCAAUACUUCCCUGAUCUGAGCUUCUCUGCUUCAUGGGUCUUUGUUGCAACUUGGGACAGAGUGGCAUACUACAGAUUUUCAGGAACUGAAACAUCUUUCCAAGCGGUUUUGAUUUCAAAUGGUCAUCUGUCAUUUGUUUUAAUGAACUACGGUGUAAUUGCUCCACCACUACACUGUGUACAGGCCGGUUAUGACACCUUCGACUCAAGCCACCAUUUCUCAAUAACGGAUUCAAUUCAGAAUGAAGUCACAAACUUAACAUACAGCAGCAAUGUCAAUGUUCUAGGCAGAUGGGCAUUCAGAACAGAUUAUGGACCUCCGAGUUGUCAGUUCAAUGGUUUACAAGUGCAGAUGGGAGAUUCUUUCUGGAGUGAUGCCACCUGUCAGGAGAGAUGCACCUGUACCAGCAGAGGUCUCCAGUGCAGCCUGGAACCCUGCACUUAUUCCCAAGCAUGUCGUGCAGCAACUUUCCAAUACUCUUGUCAGGACAUUCCAAGACAAACCUGCACCAUCGCAGGAGAUCCUCACUACUACACCUUUGACAAUCAGAUUUUUCACUUUCAAGGAACUUGCACUUAUGUUCUCUCUGAGGCUUGUGGAAAUGAUUUGCAAUAUUAUCGUAUUGAGGGCAAAAAUGAUCAUCGAGGUAGUACACGUGUGUCAUGGACGCGGAUGGUCAGAGUGUUUGUGUAUGAUCAAGAAAUUGAACUGAUUAAAGAUCACUAUUAUGAGGCAAAGGUUAACGGUACCUUUAGAGCAACACCAUUCACACUGAACAAUGGCUCCAUCCAGGUCUAUCAGUCAGGUUUCACCUUGGUCAUCAGCACAGACUUUGGUUUAGUUGUUGCAUAUGAUUCAUACAGCUGGGUCACAAUCUCUGUACCUUUUGAAUAUCAGAAUGCCACAUGUGGUCUGUGUGGAAACUUUAACCUGCAUCCUGAAGAUGAUUUCCAUUCUCCUUCUGGAGAGAUACUGAGCUCAGAUGUGGACUUUGCAAACUCUUGGCAAGUAGAGGGAGACACAGACCCUGAAUGUCAUAAUGUCAGGUGCACAGGUCUGGCUUGUGCUAAUUGUAAUACAGAUGACAUGAGUGUUUACAGUGAUGCAAACCACUGCGGGAUCCUAGGAGAUGUUUUUGGUCCUUUUGCCGCCUGCCACUCUGUGAUUGCACCACAGACGUAUGUAGAGAACUGUGUCUACGAUCUUUGCCUAGGAGGAGGAUACCAACCGAUUCUGUGUCAGGCUCUCAAUGUGUAUGCUGCUCAAUGCCAACAACAGGGGGUACAACUAGGCCAGUGGAGACAACAGGGAUUUUGUGAGAUUCAAUGCCCUAUUGAGCACAGUCAUUUUGAGGCCCGGGGAACAAGCUGCCCAGCCACCUGCAGUGAUCCCUCUGCUCCAAUGAACUGUCCAUUGCCCAGUCAGGAGAGCUGUAUCUGUGAUGAUGGGUACAUUCUCAGUGCUGGGACAUGUGUACCUGAAGCAGACUGUGGAUGCACCUUUGAGGGAUUCUAUUAUGCUGAGGGACAGUCAGUAGUGUUGGAUGAAGACUGUGGCAGGGAAUGUGUUUGCAGCAGCAUGACAAUGAUCUGCUCUCAGCAUCAGUGUGGUCCAGCAGAGGUGUGUGAAGUUCAUAAUGGUCAGAGAGGCUGCAGACCCACCAGCUAUGCUACUUGUUCAGUUGAAGGCCAAGGUUCAUAUCACACAUUUGAUGGGCAAACCUUCAGAUAUCCCGGAGCUUGUGGACUGACUCUUGCAAGGGUGAUGGGGCCAUCCCAACUACCAUACUUUGCUGUGACAGUGGAAAAAGUGCCUAGAGUUCCUCAAGAUUUUGCUAGGUUCCUGAAGUUUGAGGCAGAUGGAACUCAGGUCUCCAUAGAAAUGGGUGGAGGGAGCAAUGUGCAGGUGGAUGGACAGGUGCUUGAUUUGCCCAUCAGUGUUGGUUCCAGUCAGAUCCGCAUCUAUCACAGCAGUGUGAGGGGAUUUGUUCUUGAAACAAACUUUGGGGUGACUGUCAGAGCUGACUGGCCAAACAUUGUCCGAAUCACAGCACCAAGCACUUACAGUGGUACACUCGGAGGUCUAUGUGGGAACUUCAAUGAAGACAUUAACGAUGAGUUUUACAGCCGAGAUGGUGUUCUACUGAACGACACCCAGACAUUUGCAGACAGUUGGCGUGAUGGGUCCCUAUCAGCCCACUGUGAAGACACAACUAAUAUUUGGGAACCAGGACAAUAUCAGAUCAACGGUCAGUUCAGUGAGCACUGCAGUAUCAUGACCAUGCCUGAUGGACCAUUUGCUGAGUGCAGCAGAACACUAGACCCUUCACAACGCAUACAAGAUUGCAUUCAGAUGUUGGAGCAGACAAGAGGUGCCAGGGAGGCUCUAUGUGAGGCCCUGCAGGGAUACACACUGCUCUGCCAACAAAAUGGCAUCACAGUUGGAGAGUGGAGGAGCAUUACCUACUGUGAUCCCAUCUGUCCACUAAAUACCCAUUAUGAAUUGUGUGGCACAUCCUGUCCUGCAUCCUGCCCUAGUCUCUCAUUUCCCUUCCAGUGCACUCUGCAGUGCCAGGAGGGAUGCCAGUGUAACGAUGGACUUGUUCUGAAUGGAGAUCAGUGUGUGCCUCCAACAGGUUGUGGUUGCCACUAUGCUGGGUGCUAUCGGCAGCCUGGAGAGCAGUUCUGGCAGGGUGAAGAGUGUCAGUCUUUGUGUGUUUGUAAUGGGAUUACUGGAAAUGUCCAAUGCACACCAUCAUCUUGCAGUGAACAAGAAGUCUGUCGUGUGGUGGAUGGAGAGUAUGGCUGCCAUCCCAAUCCACAUGGUAGCUGUUCUGCUUCAGGAGACCCCCAUUAUAUAUCUUUUGAUGGAACCUACUUUGAUUUUCAGGGCACAUGCAGAUAUGUUCUGGCCGCAGUAUGUAAUAACAAUCGCAGUCUUCCACACUUCCAGGUGGAUGCAAGAAAUGAGGCUUGGCAGGGACUCUCAGUUUCAGUGACCGUUGAGGUUUUUGUCAAUGUUUCUGAGCAUCUUAUACACAUGUCACAGAACAUGAUUGGUUAUUCUUCUGUUCAGGUUGAUGGAGAGAUCAGGAACCUUCCCAUCCUACUUGACUCUGGCAGGGUAUCGGUCUAUUCCACUGGAUCACAAAUAGUUGUUUCAACCGACUUUGGUUUCAGUGUGACUUACGGCUUCUGGGCAGUAAACAUCAUUGUACCUGCAGACUACAGAGAAGUAAUGUGUGGACUCUGUGGCAACUUUAAUGGUCAUACAGAAGAUGACUUCAUGACUCCUUCGGGUUCUUUGGCACCAUCAGCAGAUCAGUUUGGGGCAGAAUGGAGGGUUGAGGAUGAAGUGCAAUGCAGCGAUGGACCUGGAGAUGGUGCAUUGUGCCAAGAUCAAACUAUUGCUCAAAGUCUUUGUGAGAUCAUCAAGGACAAUCAGGGCCCAUUUAGCUUCUGCCAUGCCGUUGUAGAUCCACAAGCAUAUUUUAAUGACUGUUCAUUUGAUGUGUGCCUCUCUGGAAACAGUAAUGAUGUCUUGUGCCACUCUUUGGAAUCCUAUAUGAGGGCUUGUCAAUCUGUCAAUGUUGUUGUCUUCCAGUGGAGAGAAAGUGCAUCCUGUGCCAUGCCGUGUCAGUUAGAGAACAGCCACUAUGAGUUGUGUGGCACAGACUGUGGUCAUAUGUGUGCCAGCAGCGUUGAUGCUAGCUGUGAACACACAUGUUCAGAGGGUUGUUUCUGUAAUGAUGGAUUUGUGAGGAGCUCAGGACUCUGUGUACCUGUAGAGCAAUGCGGCUGCUUGUAUGAUGGAUUCUACUAUGAUAUUGGUGAACAAUUCUGGAGCUCAGAAUGUUCUCAACGUUGUGAGUGUUUUGGCCCGAAUGAUCUGCGUUGUUCUGCAUCCUCUUGCCCACCGACUAUGGAGUGUACAGUCAGAAAUGGACAUCGUGGCUGCUAUGAUGUUCAGAACAUUACUCAUACUACUGUUGUGCCAGACACAACUUCAAUAAGAGAAACCACUAACACGGAUGGUUGGACCUUUACUGAUACGACCGUUGUACCAGACACGACUUCAAUAAGAGAAACCACUGGCACAGAUGGUUGGACCUUUACUGAUACGACCGUUGUACCAGACACGACAUCAAUAAGAGAAACCACUGGCACAGAUGGUUGGACCUUUACUGAUACGACCGUUGUACCAGACACGACAUCAAUAAGAGAAACCACUAGCACAGUCCCAUUUUAUCCAUUUGGUUCUGGAGACACAGAGAAUGAACGCUCUGAUGAUGGAAGUUCUGCAGUCAUCUACCUCCUGCAACCGUUUAUAUUUUUUGGACACACAUACAGCCACAUUUAUGUCAACAACAAUGGACACUUGACUUUUGAUGGACCAUUGGGCAGCUACUCUCCAUACAGCUUCCCUGGUCAUGGUGGCAAAGACAUCAUCGCUCCAUUCUGGAUUGAUAUUGAUAACCGUGGGAACGGUGUGAUCUCAUAUCAGCAGUACACCUCUGGCGAUGUCCUGACACAAGCUACACAAGACAUAAAUCAAUACUUCCCUGAUCUGAGCUUUUCUGCUUCAUGGGUCUUUGUUGCAACCUGGGACAGAGUGGCAUAUUAUUCAUAUUCAGGAACUGAAACAUCAUUCCAAGUGGUUUUGAUUUCAAAUGGCCAUCUCUCAUUUGUUUUAAUGAACUAUGGUAGAAUUGCUCCAUCACAGCGAUAUGUAGAGGCCGGUUAUGAAAACAUGGACUCCAGCUAUUAUUUCUCAAUUACUGGAUCACUCCAGACUGACUUCACAGGCUUAACACACAGCAGCAAUGUCAAUGUUCUAGGCAGAUGGGCCUUCAGAACAGAUUAUGGACCACAGGGCUGUCAGUUCAAUGGUUUACAAGUGCAGAUGGGAGAUUCUUUCUGGAGUGAUGCCACCUGUCAGGAGAGAUGCACCUGUACCAGCAGAGGCCUCCAGUGCAGUCUGGAACCCUGCACUUAUUCCCAAGCAUGUCGUGCAGCAGCUUUCCAAUACUCUUGUCAGAACAUUCCAAGACAAACCUGCACCAUCGCAGGAGAUCCUCACUACUACACCUUUGACAAUCAGAUUUUUCACUUUCAAGGAACUUGCACUUAUGUUCUCUCUGAGGCUUGUGGAAAUGAUUUGCAAUAUUAUCGUAUUGAGGGCAAAAAUGAUCAUCGAGGUAGUACACGUGUGUCAUGGACGCGGAUGGUCAGAGUGUUUGUGUAUGAUCAGGAAAUUGAACUGAUUAAAGAUCACUAUUAUGAGGCAAAGGUUAACGGUACCUUUAGAGCAACACCAUUCACACUGAACAAUGGCUCCAUCCAUGUCUAUCAGUCAGGUUUCACCUUGGUCAUCAGCACAGACUUUGGUUUAGUUGUUGCAUAUGAUUCAUACAGCUGGGUCGCCAUAUCAGUGCCUUAUGAAUACCAGAAUGCAACAUGUGGUCUGUGUGGAAACUUUAACCUGCAUCCUGAAGAUGAUUUCCGUUCUCCUUCUGGAGAGAUACUGAGCUCAGAUGUGGACUUUGCCAACUCGUGGCAGGUAGAGGGAGACACAGACCCUGAAUGUCAUAAUGUCAGGUGCGCAGGUCUGGCUUGUGCUAAUUGUAAUACAGAUGACAUGAGUGUUUACAGUGAUGCAAACCACUGCGGGAUCCUAGGAGAUGUUUUUGGUCCUUUUGCCGCCUGCCACUCUGUGAUUGCACCACAGACGUACAUAGAGAACUGUGUCUACGAUCUUUGCCUAGGAGGAGGAUACCAACCAAUUCUGUGUCAGGCUCUCAAUGUGUAUGCUGCUCAAUGCCAACAACAGGGGGUACAACUAGGCCAGUGGAGACAACAGGGAUUUUGUGAGAUUAAUUGCCCUAUUGAGCACAGCCACUUUGAGGCCCAAGGAACAAGCUGCCCUGCCACCUGCAGUGAUCCCACUGCUCCAAUGAACUGUCUAUUGCCCAGUCAAGAGAGUUGUAUCUGUGACGAUGGGUACAUUCUCAGUGCUGGUACAUGUGUACCUGAAGCAGCCUGUGGAUGCACUUUUGAGGGAUUCUAUUACGCUAAGGGACAGUCAGUAGUGUUGGAUGAGGACUGUGGCAGGGAAUGUGUUUGCAGUAGCAUGACAAUGAUCUGCUCUCAGCAUCAGUGUGGUCCAGCAGAGGUGUGUGAGGUUAAUAACGGUGUGAGAGGCUGCAGACCCACCAGCUAUGCUACUUGUUCAGUUGAAGGCCUGGGUUCAUAUUACACCUUUGAUGGACAAACUUUCAGAUAUCCUGGAGCUUGUGGACUGACCCUUGCAAGGGUUAUGGCGCCAUCCCAACUGCCAUCCUUUGCUUUGACAGUGGAGAAAGUGCCUAGAGGCCUUCAAGGAUUUGCUAGGUUCCUGAAGUUUGAGACAGAAGGAACUCAGGUCCUCAUAGAAAUGGGAGAAGGUAGCAAUGUACAGGUGGAUGGACAGAUGGUUGGUUUGCCCAUCAGUGUUGGUUCCAGUCCGAUCCGCAUCUAUCACAGCAGUGUGAGGGGAUUUGUUCUUGAAACAAACUUUGGGGUGACCAUUAGAGCUGACUGGCCACACAUUGUCCAAAUCACAGCACCAAGCACUUACAGUGGUACGCUCGGAGGUCUAUGUGGAAACUUCAAUGAAGACAUUAACGAUGAGUUUUACAGCCCAGAUGGUGUCCUACAGAACGACACCCAGACAUUUGCAGACAGUUGGCGUGAUGGGUCCCUAUCAGCCCACUGUGAGGACACAGAUGACAUUUGGGAACAAGGAUACUAUCAGAACAGGAGUCAGUUCAGUGAGCAUUGCAACAUCAUGAUGAUGCCUGAUGGACCAUUUGCUGAGUGCAGCAGAACACUAGACCCGACACAACGCAUACAAAGUUGCACUCAAAUGUUGGAGCAGACAAGCGGUGCCAGGGAGGCUGUAUGUGAGUCCCUGCGGGGAUACACACUGCUCUGCCAACAGAAUGGCAUCACAGUUGGAGAGUGGAGAAACCUUACCUACUGUGAAUCCACAUGUCCACCAAAUACCCAUUAUGAAUUGUGUGGCACGUCCUGUCCUGCAUCCUGCCCUAGUCUCUCAUUUCCCUUCCAGUGCACUCUGCAGUGCCAGGAGGGAUGUCAGUGUAAUGAUGGACUUGUUCUGAAUGGAGAUCAGUGUGUGCCUCCAACAGGUUGUGGUUGCCACUAUGCUGGACGUUAUCGGCAGCCUGGAGAGCAGUUCUGGCAUGGUGAAGAGUGUCAGUCUUUGUGUGUUUGUAAUGGAAUUACAGGAAAUGUCCAAUGCACACCAUCAUCUUGCAGUGAACAGGAAGUCUGCAGUGUGGUGGAGGGAGAGUUUGGUUGCCAUGCUAGGCCACAUGCUAGCUGUUCUGCUUCAGGAGACCCACAUUAUAUGUCUUUUGAUGGAACCUACUUUGAUUUUCAAGGCACAUGCACAUAUGUGCUGGCCACAGUAUGUAAUGACACUCGUGGGCUUCCGGUCUUCCAGGUAGAUGCAAGAAAUGAGGCUUGGCAGGGACUCCCAGUUUCAGUGACCGUUGAGGUUUUUGUCAAUGUUUCUGAGCAUCUGGUACACAUGUCACAGGACAUGAAUGGUUAUUCUUCUGUUCAGGUUGAUGGAGAGAUCAGGAACCUUCCAAUCCUACUUGACUCUGGCCGGGUAUCUGUCUACUCCACUGGAUCACAAACAGUUGUUUCAACCGACUUUGGUUUCAGUGUGACUUACGGCUUCUGGGCAGUAAACAUCAUUGUACCUGCAGACUACAGAGGAGUAACCUGUGGACUCUGUGGUAACAAUAAUGGUCAUACAGAAGAUGACUUCAUGACUCCUUCAGGUUCUUUGGCACCAUCAGCAGAUCAGUUUGGGGCAGAAUGGAGGGUUGAGGAUGAAGUACAAUGCAGCAAUGGACCUGGAGAUGGUCCAUUGUGCCAAGAUCAAACGAUUGCUCAAAGUCUGUGUGAGAUCAUCAAGGACAAUCAGGGCCCAUUUAGCUUCUGCCAUGCCGUUGUAGAUCCACAAGCAUACUUUAAUGACUGUUCAUUUGACGUGUGCCUCUCUGGAAACAGUAAUGAUGUCUUGUGUCACUCUAUUGAAACCUAUGUGAGGGCUUGUCAGUCUGUCAAUGCUGUUGUCUUCCCUUGGAGAGAAAGUGCAUCCUGUGUCAUGCCGUGUCAGUUAGAGAACAGUCACCAUGAGUUGUGUGGCACAGACUGUGGUCAUACAUGUGCCAGCAGUGUUGAUGCUAGCUGUGAACACACAUGCUCAGAGGGUUGUUUCUGUAAUGAUGGAUUUGUGAGGAGCUCAGGUCUCUGUGUACCUGUAGAGCAAUGUGGCUGUUUGUAUGACGGAUUCUACUAUGAUAUGGGUGAAGAGUUCUGGAAUUCAGAAUGUUCUCAACGUUGUGAGUGUUUUGGCCCAAAUGAUCUGCGUUGUUCUGCAUCCUCUUGCCCAUUGACUAUGGAGUGUACAGUCAGAAAUGGACAUCGUGGCUGCUAUGGUGAAAUGUCCACAUGUUCCGUGUGGGGUGACCCUCACUACAUCACCUUUGAUGGAGCUAUCGCCCACUUUCAGGGAACGUGUUCAUAUGAGAUUGCCCAGACCUGUGGUAACAUUACUGAUGAAGAUCUGGAGUUCCGUGUGGUGGCCACAAACAGGCACCGUGGAAACAUGGCAGUGUCAUUUGUGUCUGUAGUGGAUGUUUGGUUGUCUCACCAUGGACAACAGACGCAAAUAACUAUUGAACAGACCAAACAAGUAAAAGUUAAAGGGAACUACUCUGACUCAGCUUCUCAAGUCCAUGAUCUGGUAGCGGUAUAUGAAGAGCAGGGAUUUGUGGUUGUGAAUGCAUUCAACAAACUUCUGGUCCAUUUUGAUGGCCAUAGCACCCUUCUAGUCAGAUUAAGCCAAAGUUUCCAUGGAUCCAUAUGUGGUAUGUGUGGCAAUUACAAUGGAGACCCGGCAGAUGAUAUAGCAUCGCCCAACGGUGACCUUGCACCUAAUGAUAAUGACUUUGGCAACAGUUGGAUUUCAGACACCAGUACACCAGGAUGUGGUGCCAGUGAUCAGACCGCUAAUCCUGAUGAUUGUCCGUUCAAAAAGGAGUAUUCUGAUCUCUGCGCUAUUAUAACCAACAAAACUGGACCAUUCCAGCAAUGCCAUCUUUAUGUUGACCCUGCACCGUACUACUACUCCUGUGUGUAUGACCUGUGUCUCUACAAACCAGAGAAUGGCAUGUUGCGUUCAUCUGUUCAGGGUUAUGAGGCGGCUUGUGUCGUCUUGGGCAUACAGAUCCCAGAAUGGCGCUCUAGUCCAUGCUGUGAUGUGGGAGACUGUUGUUCUAAGCUCAAUUGUACUAAAGAUGAAUGGUGUGGAGAGAAGAAUGGUGUUUACGGCUGUUUCUGCAAUGAGGACAAUCCCAGAUCUGACUCUUUUGGUAUAUCUCAAACCUGUGAAAGCAGUACAGGAUCUAUAUCUAUAUCCCGCUGUCAACUCUUUGAAGCUGGUUUUUCAGCUCAUGACCUGCACCUUAAUGAUCCCAGCUGCAGAGGAAUCAUCCAGAACGGCCGAGUGGAGUUUAGUUUUGAUAACAAUGAACACAUCUGUGGUACAACUCUUGUGGCCAAUGGCACUCAUUACAUCUAUGAGAACUUUAUUCUGGGGGCAUCAGAUUCUGCUAAAGGGCUCAUUACCAGAGAGAGAAAUCUGAAGCUAUCUUUCAGCUGCAUUUACUCUUUAAGCCAAACACUGUCCAUGAAUAUGGAAAUCAACCCACUGGAGAGCAUUGUUCACAGGACCCUUCCUGCUGGUGAAGGGAGGUAUCAGGUUCGAAUGAUCCCAUAUUAUGAUGUUGGGUUCUCUCAACCCUUCAAUGGUAGUGUGAAUGUAGAACUCAACCAGCAGAUUUUUGUUGAGGUUCGUGUUGAUGGGGUUGACAGUCGACAGUUUGCCACAGUGAUUGACCGAUGUUGGGCUACACCUGUGAAUGAUCCAGAUUACAGUCUGGGCUGGGAUCUCAUCACCGGAGAGUGUCCUAAUACAAAUGACGUGACAGUGGAGCUGCUUCAGAAUGGUGUUUCAACAUCCAGCCGUUUCUCCUUCAGCAUGUUUACCUUUACUGCCAACACCACUAAGAUUUACCUGCACUGUGGUGUUCAUCUUUGUCUUCUGGCCAGCAGUAACUGCUCAGCGCAUUGUUACCCUGGAUGCCGUCAGAGGGAAGGCCGGUCUCUGGACUUCCAUGACAGUGCUUCCUUAUCCAUGGGUCCUCUGGUCUUGUCUGAAAAGAUCUUAGACACAUCGGUCUCAGAAAGAAAACAAAUGUCUGGAGCUCGAGGUCUGUGUGGAAGCUUGAUUAUACUGCUUGUUUCACUUCUGACCGCCUGCAGCAUCUUCUAAGAGAUUUCCUGGAAAAAAAUUAUUUACGUUUCAAAUAUUAUUUGUUUGUCAUAUAUCUGUUAUUUUAUUCUAUUUAUCAAACAAAAUUGAUCACAAACAGUAAAUUACCUAUUAACUACCUUUAUUUAUAAUGAUUUUAUGUUAUGGGUUGGAUAAUCACGGGCUUUACGUCUGUGGUUAUAUUUUGUUAGCUUGCUUUGAUGCAAUAAGAUUGAUUUCUUGACUUUUAAAAUACGGUAUUGUAUAAAACAGUAAAUAAACAGUGCAC